AUGGCUCGGCGAUGGCCGCCCCGCAGGCGCACAAACGGCUGUUUAGAAGCUGAGUGGCUGUGGCUGUCCGGUCGUGCUUCUUCAGGGGUCCAGUUCCUUACUCCGGCUCCCCAUUCUCAGAAACUAAGAUUGCUACAGGUUCGAGAACAAGAAAGGGAUAUCGCCUUACAGAUAAGAGAAGACGUAAAACACAGGAGAAAUCAGCAAUUCACUCGUUUGGCAGAGGAGCUAAGGGCAGAAUGGGAAGAAUCACAAACUCAGAAAAUUAAGAACUUAGAAAAACUGUAUUUGGCCAGUUUAAAAAAUAUGGGAGAGGGACAUCGGCAGGCCAAAGAAAAUGAACCUGAUUUGGAUGGUCUGGCACGACAGGCAGCAGAAAGGAAAAAAAAAGCAGAAAUGAGGCAUAAAGAGGCCCUGAAAAUACAGAAAAAUAAAAAAGAAAUGUUAACGAAACAGAAAACCUGGCAUAUAAAAGCUCGAAAGGCAGCACUGCUUGUGGAAAAAGAAAGAUCUGCCAAAAUUACAAGUCUACAACCUCCUCCUCCAACUCUUUUUGAGGUGAAUUACUUUGAAUGUUGAGAAGAACUAAGUUAUAAUAAUUCUUCUUUACUCUUAAAAUUCAGUAGAGUCAAAGUAACCAUCAUUUGUUUAAACUUAAUUUUUAAUUGCACAGGUUACACAUGAGUAUAUCUGGAGUGUUUAAAAAUAAUACUAGCUAUCAUCAUUUUACCCGUAAAUAGUAUGUAACUGUGAUGCAUAAGGACUUUUUUUUUUUAAAUGUAACUACAAUGCUGUUAUUAUUCCCAGUGUCAUCUAAUACCAAUCAAGGUUCAGUUUUCCCCAGUUGACUCAAAAAAACUUUUUUGUUGUUUGAAAAUCUGUAAUAACUUUGGUUUUUAAAAACCAUGUUAGUUCUGCAGUUUGUUUUUUUAAUGCUCUUUAUUUGUUGAAAAAAACUGGGAUAUUUGUGGUAUAGAAUUUACCACACUAUGGAUUUGGCUGAUUGUAAAUAGUCACCAUGUUAAAGAAAUUAAAGAUAAUUUAGUUAAUUUGCAUAAGAUCUCAUGAAGGGGAGGGUCCUAUUCUUUUAUGAAAGUAGAAUGUGUGCUUUUAUAAUUUGAAACUCAUUUUGGAUAAAACAGUUUAUUAAAUAAUGUGGAAAUUAAUUUUGAAAGGUAUUAAUUAUCUUGUUCACAUUAGCUGGUGUUUUUAAUCUAAAAAGUUAGAAGUAAAAGAAAAAAAAUCUUAUACGCAUAGGAAAAAAACUAGUUGCCGUCAAGUCUACUCCAACUCACGGUGACCUUGACUCAUGAUAACCCCAUAUAUGCCAGAG